CGAUUUCAAAAUCUCAAAAUGGGGAGUAGAUUGGGAGGACGAGUGGUUCAUUUCGCGAAUCUUCCGAUUAAGCUUCUGAUGCCUGCGAAGCUCACAAACAUUCAUGAAUUCGCGUUGAAAACGAUCCCUUCGGCGUCGAAGAUCGAGAUCAAACGAGUCCUCGAGUCACUCUACGGAUUCGAUGUGGAGAAGGUGAAUACACUGAACAUGGAUGGGAAGAAGAAGAAGCGUGGAGGUUUGUUGAUAGCGAAAGCUGAUUACAAGAAGGCUUACGUGACGCUACGUAGCCCUUUGUCGAUUUCUAGGGAUUUGUUUCCGGUGAAGUUUAUUGAGGAAGAUAGGAAGAGUAAAGUGAAAGGAUCUAGCUUUGUUGAGGAAGAAGAUGAUAAGAAGAGUCAUUGGCUUGAUCGCAAGGAGAAGAGGGAGAUUGGCGGUUAUGGAAAAGGUAAAGGUCGUCGUGGAGGUGAAAGGGCUAAUUCGCCGACGAGGGCUGGUGCUGCGGCGGCGGGGACGGCGAAGUUUCCAUGGAGCAACAUGAGAUUUGUUGGUAAGUAGGGUUUAUGAGGAUCUGGGUUUGUGUUUCUUUAGCUAUCGGAUUAUUGAUUUUGUUUCUAUUGCUUGAGGUUUGUGAAUCCUAUAAGCUCUCAGUGUUUCUGAGAUUUGGCUAAUAAAUCUGAAUCAUAAGC